AUGACUAUUGCAACCACUGGAUUUACUGCCAACCAACUAGUGUGCAGGAUUGCUGCUGGCUAUCCUCGUCUUGCUUUUAUCUACCGGAAUACUCAAUAUUACACAUCCUUGACUGGAUCUUCACUCAAAUCUGCUGUCAAAGACCUUCAAGACCACCAUGCCAAUUCCAGGACUACCGACAUUACAAAGACUAUCUCUCCAUGGGAAGAGUAUUCUGAGCUAAUUUCCAAAUCACUUAAAUCAUCGAAUUUCACUCUGGAUAAGCAUAGGCAGCUUUUCAACAUUGUAAAUGACACUCUAGCUAUUGAUUCGGAUAAUGUUGCAUUCAAAACUAUCGUUUUGGAACGGAUUAUAGAUAGGCUUGGAAAGGCUGCCACUGCUUCUCAAUAUUAUCGACUUGCGCUCUUGCUUGGGCAACAGAAUGAUGUGCGGAAACUGGUUCGUUUGUUCAAUAAAAUGCAUUUGCUAAAUAUACGUGCUGCCUCUUGGGCUUAUACCGUGUUACUGCAGUCCUUGGUUGCCAACGAUGCUCUAGAAUCUGCUACUUCUCUGUUUACCUGCAUGCGAACUACCUCUGCAGAUACACUGCCAACAUCACAUAUUGCUACCCCAUUUGGGACAUUGGUACUUCCAUCCUCUAGUCCUCACUUUUAUGAAUCAACUAAAGCAACUUUUCUGCCCUACCCCAAUCGAAGCGCAUUCGAAAUUCUGAUUGCAGAAUAUGCUCGUCGUGGUGAUCAUUACAAUGUCGAUGCCCUUGUUUCUGUUUUCAAAUCCAGCAAACUAAAAAUUAUGCCACAACUUUUCCAAACCAUCAUCGAUUCGUUUGUGCGUCGUCGUAUGUUUUCUGCUGCAUAUGCCUGUCAUCUCCAGCUAAUAGCCAUUUCUGAGAAUCCAUCGUGCUUUGUCGCUCCAAAUUUGUUGUAUUUAAAAAAUGUCUGCGUUUCACUUUCUCAUCUAAAAAGACCCAAAGAAGCACUGCAGCUAUUAGUCAAAUAUUCAAAUACUUUCCAAUACUCGUCCGAAACGGCUCUCGUGCCAUUAUACAAGUUUCUCAUGACAGCCUGCACUACUUAUCUUGAUCCAGAAACUGCCCUUGACAUCUUGCAGCACUUUAUUCUAUCGAAUAGAUCUGAAGCACAAUCCAUUCUGUUCUGUGAAUCUGUAGCUCUUAUUUCGGAAAAGUGUAAUCGUGUCGAUAUUCUCAAGCAAGUAUUCGACAUAACCAGCUCAUUCAAAACUAAACAACUGACCCCCAUCCUGCUCAAUAUAUAUUUACAAAAGUUUGCACACUUUGAAAAAGUAAAAGAACUCGACACUAAUGCUGCAAGCAAAAGCGAUACUGUUCAAUCCUUAUGGGUUGAAAUUUAUGAUUGUGCAAGUGCUUUGAAAUCGCUAGCUGAUCUUAAAUCCACCACGUUUGUAUGUCUCGUGGACCGGUGUAUUCAAGAUAAAAAUAUGAGCAAAGCUGUAGAGAUUCACUCUAAAAUGUAUCAUCAUAUACCCUUUUCUGAGAGAUCAGACUGCUUUACCAUGGCCACUUUACCGCUGUUUUUUGCCUUGAUGAAACAAUCCAAGUUUGAUGACGCGUGGAAAGCAUUAGAUCUUUCAUUCGACUACGUAAAGUCACCCAAUAUACUGUGGGAUCAAUCGAAUCUAUUGAAUACUCUAUCUGAGCCACUUGUCGAGCUGAUAUGUCAAGAUUUGUCUGAAACGACACUUUUUUCUCGCUUUAAUCGUAUUCAUUCUAUUUUUGGAGCCAAUUCAGGUAUUUCUGAUGGUGUCGCAUUACGCAUUGCAAAAAACCCGUCAAGCAGUAUUGUUAUCCUACCGCAACUUGCAGCUCUUUCUUGCUGGACACCAUCUGUUUCGGGACUUGUGUCAAUUGUGGAUACCGUUUUGGAACAUGGACCUUCAUCCGUACUUUGUCGAAUGCACUAUUCGCUUAGUGUUUCUAAACGAACUGGGGAUGAUCGCUUAUUGGUAGUUUUAGAUGCACUGUUGUGUGCUGCAUCAGUGAUGCCGUUGCAACCCACACCCAGCAUGUCGACAAGACUUAGCAAAUCUGAAGUGGAUUGUGUCAAGUCUUGGAUGGAGCAUCGGGAUAUCAAUUUCAAGCAGCAUCCAUGGAUCAACCAGCUUAUUUCCAACUAUGCACUUGAGUGA